UGAAUUUAUAAAUUUUAAAUUUUAAUAUUGUUUUUAUCGAAACGGUAGAAACUGAAAUUUAAAUCAAAUGUAAAUUAUAUCGCCUAUUGGAGAAAUUGUUUCACCAUUCAUUUUUUCGCGAAUCGCAUCACUCAUGAAAUCGUGCGAUGGCAAUGGGAAUCUCGAAGGAGAAUGUGGUCAAUGGUUAUCAAAAAAUUCAAAUUCUAAAAUCAAGAUUCACAGAAAGCAGGCACGUUUUAUCCCACAUGCAAUAUCGAAAUGGAAACCAAUUUCAUUGGAUGGUGGAAAAAAAUUAAAUGCUAGACUUAAGCAAAGCACAAUUAAUCAAUAUCUUCACAGUUUCACUGGAGAUAAAGUCGCAAUUAUAAAAGAAAAUGUCCCUCAAACACAUGGUUUGCCUCCAGUAGAGCAUUCGUCCUCUACCGCUACCGUAGAGCAUGUCUGUCAAGUGGGCAUUCAAGAUGAUAAGAACAAUUCAAACAAAAGAAAACCUGUGUAUAAUCCUCCCAGCAAAGAAGAAAAAAGGGUUUUCAAUAAGUCAUCUUGUGAAAAAAAAUAUAGUAAUGAAUCAGCUAACAAGAGAUGUGUUUUGGAAAAAACUAUAUCACUAACUGGAGCACAAAAAGCUAAGCAGAAAUUACUUACCUUUAAGAAAAUGAACACCCCAGCACAAAGCAUUGAAUUUUCAUAUCCCAGGAAGACAAUUAACUCAAAAUAUUCUUUUGCAUUAAAAUACAUGAUAAUGGAUGAAGCAGAUGGUCCACUUCAAGAAGAUUUCCCUUUGGUAACUCUGCCUUCCCAACAGACACUGUCUACUUCAAACAACGAAAGCUUAUCACAAUUCAGUGAAUGGUUGAAUGAAAACAUACAAAAAGUGAAGAACAAUGAAGAACAUGAUUGUGACUGUCAAAGUGAAAAUUUCCUAUUUCAUCAUGAUAUUAGGUUGUCACGAAAUAGUUCAAUAUUCUCACAAUGGUUUGAAGCAAAUUUAGAAAGCCUUGAAAGUUGUGGAACUCGGCAUUAAUUUUACAAUGUUAUCUGAAUCUGAGUGGUUUGGCUCCUUGAAAAAUGUGAUUAGAUGUGUCUCUUAGGACAUGAGUCAAAUCUUACAUCUUGCAAAAAUAUAAAAUUUUUGUUAA